GCCACGGCCCUGAAGGGCCCACCGAGCCGCUCGCGCCACCUGCGAACACUACACCACCCCCUGCCCCGCGGAAGGGAUUCUUAUCCGAGCGGUUAUCGUCUCGCCCACUCGUUGAGCCGCGCCCUGCCAUUGGCUGCCUUGCCGGAGCGGGCGCUUUGAGGAGUUUUGAUUGGCCCGCGACUGGCAAGCUGCUCCCCGAUUGGCUACGGCCUUAUGCGGCGGCUCUGGCGGGCGGUUCGUAGCGGAGGUGACGGAGCUGUGCGAAUGUGUCCCUCCGCCGGGCCGCGCCGAAGGGCUUGUGAGGCGGCUCUUGUCAGGGCCGGGGGCCGCCAGGCUGGUGCUGCGACGGGGCGGGCUCGGCCGCUCCACUCCCCCCCUCAGCAGGGCCGGCUCUAUCGGUAGGAGUGUGUCCCUGGGACACGCCUGGCCUUCCAGUACCUGGCUCCCGGUGGUCUCCCCCUCUUCCCGGUGCCUCGGGCAGGGGCCGCGAUGGAGCGGCUGCGUGUGAGCGGGAUGUACAGAGCAGCCUGGAGUCCUUCCAGUCAAAGGUUGUCAUCAUCAUGAUUGAUUUCAAUAAUUCACUCCAGUGCUGUAUCAGGAAAUGGACUGGGACCAGUUUGACUUGAACCCCAAAGUAAUUGCUGCCCUUAAGAAAGCUGACAUAAAAUCAAUAAAAGAGAUUUUAAAUCUUUCUGGAGCAGACCUGCAAAGAUUGAUGAAACUAUCCAGUGCAGAUAUACAAUGCUUACUGAAAACAGUCUCUCACAUGCUGAGGAGAAAUAGUAUGCUUACAGCACUUCAGCUCUACCAAGAUAAAGAUCAUCUCACCUCCCAACGCCAGAAGCUAAGCCUAGGAUGUUCAGUACUAGAUAGCUUGUUAAAAGGUGGCAUUCCUUUAGUGGGAAUCACAGAACUUGCUGGGGAAAGUUCUGCUGGGAAGACUCAGAUUAGUUUACAACUGUGCCUUUGUGUGCAGUAUCCUUACAAAUACGGUGGAUUAGAGUCUGGAGCUGUCUACAUUUGUACAGAAGAUGCAUUCCCAAGUAAACGUUUGCAGCAACUCAUAGAUCAACAACAUAAGCUGCGUGCAGAUGUUCCAGCUGAAAUCAUACAGAAGAUCAAAUUUGGAAACAGUAUUUUUGUUGAGCAUGCGGCAGACCUAGAUACCUUUCACAACUGCAUUACUAAGAGGAUUUCCCUACUGCUCGCCAGAGGUAUGGUGCGGUUGGUGGUCAUAGACUCUAUUGCUGCUUUGUUUCGAUGCGAAUUUGGAGUUUCAGAUUCUGUUCUGAAGGCUCGGUAUUUGCAGACGUUUGGAGCACAGCUUCACAGUUUAAGCACCAGAUUCAGGACUCCAAUAAUGUGCAUUAAUCAGGUGACGGAUGCAGUGAGCGAGUCGGAAGCUGCUCAGUGCAGUUGUAGUGCAGUGGGUAACAGAGUCUCUCCAGCACUUGGAAUAACCUGGGCAAACCAGCUGCUAAUGAGACUGAUGGUCAGCCGCGUAUCACAACCGGAACAAUCAACUGGAGUUGCAUCACACCACAUUGGAAGUGUGAGGACUUUAGAAGUAAUUUUUGCUCCCCAUCUCCCUCCAUCCUUUUGCUACUAUACAGUAAAAUUGGAAGGUGUAAAAGGAAUAAAAUAAAUCCUCUGCAUAGUAAAGCGUCCUGCUCCAAAAAUGUAUCAAAACUACUUUGCUUAAAUUUUUUUUCUAGAGUUACUAGUAAAAUGAAAUUCUUCUAGAUGCUGAAAUACAUAAAUGGUGGUAAGACAAUACAUUAAGCCUUGUCUGCGUUGUGAAAGAAGAUCUUUUUAUGCUUGGAUAUAUGUUCAUCAGCUUUUCCUCGUGAGAUAAGUUUUCUGCAGGAGAGUAAAGCUGUGGAGAGGUGGAGGCUGCAAAAUGAAGCGUGAUGUGGAAAUCUCCGUGGUAGGGGAGACCUCAUUUCUGAUUUUUUUUAAUAGCAUGCUAAUCUAGAAACAGCAUUUACUGCAGUGGUGUACCUUCUCUGUUUCUAGACCCAAAGGGACUCAAAUUCAGCCAGUUAAUAUUGCCUGAUGAUGUUUCUGGGCCCCAUGCUGCCAUUAAGUAGAGCCAUUCCUCUAUCUGUAGAACGUCAAAAAUAACACAAAGCAGCUUUGUCACAAAGCAGCUAUCCUGUUUUAAAACCACUUGUUAGUAAUAUUAGGAUUCAAAAAAACCCAAAACCCCAAAACACUAGAGAGACACUUGAUUUUUAACAUCUUCCUGUAAGGCUUAGAAUUGUACUGCUUUUGUACUAUAUGGGCAUAUCUAGCUUCAAAGAACUUCUACAAAUUUUUGUGAAAUGGUUCUUUUCCUGCUUUCUAGUCUUUCCCCUCAUAGCAAAAGCCUCUUUAGCCUCUUCCAUUUAAAAAAACAAAACAAGAAACCACAUGCCCCCAUCCCCUCCUUGUGUUUGCCCGUCUCUGAAGCCGUCACCAGGUUGGUUCAGAGCAAGGGUUCUGUUCAUGUUCUUCCUGCUACUCUGCUCAGCUCUGAGUUUUGCUGGCUCUGAACAGUGUUCCAUCAGCUUCUGGAGUGCUCCGUCGGGUACCUGCUGUCCUUACCGCUAGGAUCUUACCUGCAUUGUGCUUCUGAAGGGCACCUUUAGCUGUUUUCAUCCAUCCAUGGAGCUAUUGCUCUUCUCAGGUGUUUGUUGUUAAAAGCUUUUACGUGUUUUUCUUUCCAUCUUUGCACUAUUCAGCACAUUUUAAUUUUUUUUUUUGUUGUCAGAUUACUGCUAUGACAUCUGCUUUCUCUAGUCCUUUUUUUGCUGCAUUCGGUGCGAAAGCAAGCUAGAUGAAGUUUCUCAGGCACAUUUUCCAAAGGCCCCAGGCCUUAUCUGGCUAUGUUACGUGACUGCUUUUAGCAGGGCAUGGUACUUACUUGCAUCGCCUAGUUGUUAAGCUUUCAGAUUUCCCCCUUUUUCGCCUCUUCCUCAGGUUGCCCAAACAAGAAGUCUUAUGUUUUUCUGCAUAGUUACAUUGCUCAAUUCUUUCUUCUGGCAAACGAGAGCAUUUGUUCUCCGUAGUCUAAACAAUAAAAUCUCUUCCCUAAAUACAAGUUGAGAGGAACGACGAUCAGUGGUAAGGGGCAAGUCCAGACACCUUCCAUGUUCUUUGGGUUCACUGUAUUAGUGAAAGAGCCUUCUCUGCCUUUCCCCUCGCCCCUGCUAAUGCUCUCUAAGGACACGGCAGCCACCCUCUCUCGUGGAAGCACGCAGGUGGGUAGCAGAAAGGCACAGCUUUGUCUAGCUCUGCGCUGGGUCAGCUGGAGCUCUCUGGCAGAAUUCUCCGAGGACAAUUGAGCAUGAUGCAAGGAAAAGAGACCCAGGAAGACAGGGACUGCGUGACUGCCGUAGGGAAGUUCUUGAGAACAGGCCCAGUCAGGCCUUGGAGCUGAAGGAGGGGAACUCUACGCCAGCAGAAAGGAGGAUGAGUUGGUUUCAGUGCCUUCCGAGAUCCAUUCAGUCAUCUAAGGGGACCUUGUGCAAAUAGCGUAACAAAUUGCCUCUAAGUCUUUUCUAAAAUGUCUUUAUUUCUCUGUAUUUGAAAAUGACCUUUUUUUUUUUUUAAUAAAACGCAAGGAUGAAGCUUAGAAGUCUUCGUGUACUCUAAGGAAAAAGGGAGCUUGCUGUAGCUCAGGGGCACGGCUACCUCAGUCUUCAAAUCCUUAAGGUCCAUGCCUCCUCCUCAACAAUUUUAAUUAAGAUAAACAACUGCAGGACAGGCAACACUCAAGUUAUUCUCUUCCGUUGCUGGCCUGUGUAUCUGGGACAGGAACUUUAGCCAAUCUAUUGCUCAUCCUACUGUACUGAUUUGAUUUAAAAAAAAUAAAAAAGCCACAGAUGGAUGUAGCCGAUUAAUGGGACUCGGUCAAUCCCUACCCUGACAUUCAUUUACAAUUCUCAUUAAAGCCCAGGCUCCGGUCCCAGGAGGUUGCCUCACUGUGAGCUGCGUUCAGAACACGCAGGUACACAUCUCAAGGCUGUGUCUGGUAGUUAUUUUGAUAGCUUUUUUGCAACCUGACUGCUUGCAGGACUGAGACAGACAUGUUAAAGAGUUCUAGUUUACUUGACGAAAAGCACUUUACCAGCAAAUUCAAAUAACAUCUUACCUGAGUGUCACUGCCCGUGUUGGUUGUUACUUACCUCCCCAGCCGGAGGCUAAAAUCUGAGGCAGCGUAUGUUACGGGCCCUUUCCUAGCGCAUCCUCACACACAAACGCUCAACCUCUACAAUGCAACUGAUCCCCCCCAGCCUACAGUCAACAGUCAGCCACUCGCAGCAGCUGAAUCCUUAUCUGCCGUUUCCACCCCUUCUUUAGUUACUUACAGCCACAGGCAGAAAUCUGGAACGUUGUUCAUCUGACGGUAGUAGAGCCUUGGGGGUGCAAACCCUCACGAAGACUGAGCAAAGCAUCUGCCCUUUUUGAAGCCUUGUGUCAGAAGUGUUGAAACAUGCUUAAGUUUCAAUAAAUGCAAUUGAAGAACCUUCCCUUUAUACAGUUUUAUUCAUCUUUGGAUUUGACAGCUGAGAUUUGUUUCUAUACAGGAAAACGCUGAAGUAAAUUUUACAAAGAUUUACAUUCUAGAAUGUAUUAAGUAUAUCAUCUUUAUCCAGUAAGACCACAGUUAAAUAUUUUUCUACGCUUCGCAAAAAAAAGGUUAAAUGACACUUGCGAAACUUUU